AUGUUUCCCUCGUUAGCUCUUUUCCUCGUGGCCGGGAUUACUGCAGGCGCUGCAGCCAGCAGCAGUGGCUGCGUCGGUACAAUCUCAUCCUUGGACGACGUUAGCAGUGCUGUCCAAUGCACGACGGUGAAUAUUAAUGCGUUCACCGUCCCUGGUGGAGAAACCUUCGAACUGCAGUUGCUGGAUGGUACCACUGUCAAUGUUUUGGGCGAGAUUCAGUUCGGAAAUUUGAGCUGGGCCGGUCCCCUAUUCCGGGUGAUAGGGAAUGACGUUACCUUCAAUGGAAACAACCAGAGGUGGGAUGGUGGAGGACCUUUUUACUGGGACGGUCAAGGUUCCAAUGGUGGUGUCACAAAACCACGCCCAAUGAUGCAAAUAUCGAUCUCGGGCACCUUGAACGACGUUUAUGUCGUAAACUCUCCCGCCCACGUCUUUGCAAUCACAAAUCCAGGACCUCUCACUAUCUCUGGCGCCACUGUCGAUGAUUUGCAGGGCAACUAUCCCAACUCGCGAAGCGGAAACGGCGCCGCCGGACACAACACCGACGGCUUUGAUAUUAGCGGUAGUGAUAUACUCAUUCAAAAUUGCACUGUCCUCAAUCAGGACGAUUGUUUGGCUAUCAGCAGGGGAACAAAUAUCACAUUUGCCGACAACUACUGUGAAAACGGUCAUGGUAUCUCCAUUGGCUCCAUCUCGUCAAAUGUAGUCGUUUCCGACAUCGCGAUUAUCGGAAACCAUGUUGUUAGCAGCUUAUACUCGUUUCGUAUCAAGACCGAUACAUCUGCGACAAACAGUGUAGUGAAGAAUGUUACGUAUAGCGACAAUGUUGCAACCAACUGUACCGAUUUUGGCGUUCUGAUCACCCAGAGCUAUCCCUCCAACCUGGGUACCCCGGGCAACGGGGCCACUAUCUCUGAUAUCAACUUCAACCAUGGCACCACUUCCUUGACAGCCGACAGCGGUGCUUACAGGGUUGCAGUGAACUGUGGAAGUGGAUCGUGCACAGGUGACUGGGAUUGGUCUGGUUUGAAGACAAGUGGUGGUAAAGCUGGAUCCAUCAUCAACAACAAUCUCAUUACUGGAUUCGUUGACACACAGUGAGAUGACCCGCCGUGUGUUGAUAUAUACAACUUGCUAUUAAUUCUCCUGUCAUACUUGCCUGUUAGAACUAUAUAGUAAUUCACCACGUCACUUAAGCUAGACUCGUAUUGACUUAGACUAGACUCACCUUACUCGAAGUUGUUCUAGUGACCGGAUGCUUAGCUUCCCUUGUGGUCAAAAAAAACAUAUAGCUGCAUGCAGAUAUCGUGUUAUAUGCUCUUUUUCUUACACAUUUUUGUCACACUGUUAUUUGUGAUAUUAUGUUAUUUUCGGGACGAGCCAGAACCGAGACCCAUGUACCGAACCACGGAGAACCGAACUAAAAAUCUGGUUCGGAUCAUGGUUCUGAACCAGACCGCGGCAGCACUAAGUCGAACUCGAGAU